AUGGCACCAGCUAAAAAGAAUCAACUUAGUACAGAAAAUGCCUUAGCAUCUGUGCAAGUGUAUAUGCAACAACAAUACCGUCCAUACUCAGUUAGCGAUAUCCUAUUAAACAUGCACAAUGUUUUGACCAAACCGAAAUUGAUAACAAUAUUAGACACCUUGGUUGCUGAUCAACAGUUAGUUUGCAAAACAAUUGGAAAGGCAUCAUAUUAUGUAUCCAAAAAACAAGAGUGCGUUUCGGAUAACACUUCCAAGACUGAAACAAGUGAAUGUUUGAACCAACAAAUUAAAGAUUUGAAACAAGAGAUCUGUCACUUGAAAUUGAAAUUACAAGAAAUUGUGACUACUCCCACAAAUGAAGAGUUGGACAAUUUGAUAGAAGUAUAUACGAAGAAGAUAGAAAACUUAAGUUUGGAGUUGGAAAAGUGUCGACACAAUAUCUCUGUGACUGGCGAUCCAAAUGAAUUAAAAAAGUAUGUGGUGCAACUAACCAAAGCAAGAAAGGAACGAAUCACCAUGUUUAAUAACCUUGUUUCCACAGUAAAAGAAGUUACCGGACAAACAAACAUUUUGGAUGUCUGCGGUAUUGAUGAAGAGGAAAUGAAAAAAUUCACUUGA